AUGACAGCACCAGUUGAGUCGUUAUUUGGUAAACGUGGACUGGUUACAAUAUCAACACCAGAUCAACUACCAAAAAAGAAGAAAAAGAUGAAAACAACGUCAUUCGACACGGAAAAGAAUCACAAGAAGAACGAUAAUUUCAUUCGGACGAAGGCCAUUGGAUUGACAUUUAAGACAAUACGGAAAGGAAUGGUACUCUUGGGUUGUAUACGUCAGAUUAUGACUGAGAAGCACGAGUUGAUCAUUAGUUUACCUAAUAAACUCAAUGGGACAGUCACUCUAGCCGAGUGUUCCGAUGAAUUUCGUGAGCAUUUACAACAUCAACAAAACCAGCAGAAGAAAACAUACCAAGAUGACGAUCAAGAGAUUCCAAAGCUUAGCUCGAUUUUUUAUAUUGGUCAAUUCGUGCCCUGCAUUGUGUUAGCCACGUCCAAGGCAAACAAGCACAAACAGAUUCAAUUAUCGCUCCGCACGUCGCUUGUUCAAGCAGAGCUUAGCCCUAGCAGCUUAAUUAAAGGCGCAAUGCUGUUUGCCACAGUGUCGUCUGUUGAGGACCACGGUGCUAUUGUGAACGUUGGCAUCCGUGGCGUGCAUGCCUUUGUGCCCCGUGAGGAACUUGUAAAAUUGAUGCACAGAGGUCAACAUUUACUCGUCAGUGUGCUGUCAAUGAACAAACACACCAACACGGCCACUGUGACCAUCGAUCGCAACCAGGUUCUUAAGGCGGUCACACGCGGUGACUCGUUUACACUGAAACAACUCUUGCCGGGUAUGUUGCUCAACGUCCGCAUCGAAGAUGUGCUGGAGAACGGCCUAAGUGUCACGUUCCUCACCUUUUUCACUGCGACAGUUGAGCAGAAUCAUAUGAGUCUGCCUUGUGAGCGAGGCUGGGAAGAAUCCUACCGCAAAGGAAUGAAAGCUCGUGCACGUAUCGUGACUAUCGACUAUGUCGCCAAGCAGAUCACGCUAUCCAUGGCUCCGCAUGUGGUUCACUUACAGGUACCACAGGCUCCUUUCUCGGUGGGCGACAUCAUUGAAGAGGCCACCAUCGAGCGGAUUGACGCUGGAGUUGGAAUGUUGCUGUCGCUGAGGAGCAAGAACGAGGACGCUACGAUGGAAGAUGCGAGCGAGAUGAAGGAAUCGGCCACAAAUACAAGGUGGAAAGCUUUUGGUCCUGGGUAUGUGCACAUUUCCAACGUCUCAGACAAGCGCGUUGACAAACUCGACAAGAAGUUUACUGUGGGCUCAAACAUCAAGUGCCGUGUGCUGGGCUUUUCGCCUUUCGACGCUGUUGUAAGCGUAAGCUGCAAGGAACACUUAAUUGCGCAGACUGUGCUGCGUCACCAGGACCUUAAGCCUGGUACCAAGGUCAGCGGCAAGAUUCUGUCCGCUGAGCCGUGGGGUAUUUUGAUGGAGAUAAGUGAGGGUGUGCGCGGCCUAGUGACUCCGCAGCAUAUGACGACCUUGUUGCUGAGCAAGAAAGCCAAUAGCAAUGGUAAGUACAAGGUUGGUAAGACCGUGAGCGCUCGUGUCCUGCACGUGGAUCAUGAGGCGAAAAAGACGUUCUUGACCAUGAAGUCGGGACUGCUGGCUUCGGAGCUUCCCGUUCUGAGCUCAUUCGAGGAAGCAACGAUGGGUCGCAUUGCUCACGGUUUCAUCACAAAGUUUGCUGAGUAUGGCAUCAUUGUCACCUUUUACAAUAACGUGUACGGCCUGGUGCCCAUGGCUGUACUUCAGCAAGCUGGUAUCGACAAUCUCGAGGAAGCUUAUGUCAUUGGUCAAGUCGUGAAGGCCCGCGUCACUCGUUGUGAUGUUGGUAAGAAGCGGUUAAUGCUGUCAUUCGAUACGACGUCAAACAGCUUGGGUAAUAAACCGAUUACCGCCCCGGAUAGUGCUACAAAGCUGGUGGGAACAACGAUCACUAAUGUUAAGAUUACGAACGUGGAGUCUACGUGUUUUCGCUUGCAGACGAAUGACGGGAUGGAGGGUGUGCUCCCGUUCGUGCAGCUAACGGACUUUCCACGCAACACCUUACUAGUGGACAAGGUUGUGAAGCGCUUUAGCGCUGGUGAUGUAAUUGCGGAGCCGUUACUCGUUGUUUCUGAGGAAUCUGAUGGCGUUCUGACGCUCUCAAAGAAACCAUUAUUGCUUGCGUUUGCCUCACACAAUGCUAUUUUGCCACGCACUUUCGAAGACGUGCAGGAAAACGCUGUGCUUAUUGGUUACGUAGCGUCCGUAAACGUCUUAAAGGGUGUGUUUGUGAAGUUUCUGAACAAUCUCGUUGCAGUAGCCCCCAAAGGGUUUUUGAAGGAGCAAUUUGUCGCGCGAAUUGAAGAAGGUAUGUUUGAAAUCGGUGAAACUGUGACAUGCUGCAUUGAGAAGGUAGACAAGGAAAACAAGCAGUUCAUUGUUGGGUUUCAACAGCGCAAAUUUGUGCAGUCUACGAACAGUACCAACAAGGUUCGUCCAGCCUUUUUUCAGGCAUACCUUUGUGAGCAGGCUUGUGUACGUAAUGCUGCUACAGUGACGAAAACUUCGUUUUAUCUUGGCAAGACUGAGAAGGCGGAGUUUGUUGGUGUCCGUCCAUAUGGUGCUGUGUUUGCCUUGGAAAGGGAUGACGAGACUGUAACGGUGUUAGUGCCUACGGUGACAACGGAAACCAAUGAAUGGAAUGAGGGUGACACUGCUAAGCUGCUGCUGACGGACUACGAUUUCAGCAAGAAUGUGUACUACGGCACAGAUGACGAGCUGCUUGUUAAGAAUGGAUUGAAGCGUUCACGUAAGCAAAAGCAGCGUAUUAAGGCAGGGGAAAAGAUAGAUGCUACUGUGCUAGUUGUUGGUUCUACGGAGAACUACGUAGUAGUAUCUUUCCCUGAUCCACACAACUCUGAUCUGCUGCAGUUUGGCGUAGUGGAGCUGUGCGACUUUUUGAGUGGCUCGAACUCGACGCCCUUUGAUGAUUUGGUUUUACUGGCGCUAGAGGAAGAAAAGUUAGUGGCAAAAUUGAAGAAUGUCUCACACAAGUUAUCGGCCAAGUUGCCUAAGUACACGCAGGCUGAUCUCGUGCUUGGCAACACGCUGACCGGCAUCAUUGCGGGCAUUUCCGAGAAUUCGAUGGAGAUUUGCUUGGCGACAGGCAAGAAGAAGAUCGGUAGAGUCCGCGCGCUCGUGUCUAUUGUUGAUGUCGACGACAUCGAUGAUGUAUCCGGCCACUCGCACCCUUUUGACAGGUACUCUGUCAAUACCACAAUUAGAGGUCGUGUGAUCGCCGUCACUGUGAAGGGAGCCAACAAACACAAGGCUGUCAGCGAGGAAAACCCGGCAAAAUUUCAUGACCUGCAGCUGUCGCUGCGUACAGAGGAUUUGGCUGGUGACGAAAAGGUGAACGACGUGCAGCGAUUUGCUCGCCCAGAUUGGCUAGAAGGCAGCGCGGGUCGUGCAUUACUGAAGGAGGGCAACCCCGUUCAUGGUGUUGUUUUGGAGCAGUCCAUGGACCACUUGAUUGUCAAACUUAGCAGCAAUGUUACGGGCACUUUAAGCUGUAUUGAGGUGUCGGACGAUGUGAAAGUGGUGCGUGCGUUCCAGGACGAAUUUCCUGUGGGCAAGCGUAUAAAGUGCUUUGUGCUCCAAGUUAACGAUAAUAAGAAGGUAGUAGACUUGUCCAUGAUUCGCUCAGCCCGAGACAAGACCGGUAUCAAGCCCGGCUCUAUUGUGAACGGUGUGAUCUCGACCAAAAAAUCGGCCAUUCGCCCACCUUCGAUCAUGGUGCAGCUUGGUGCUCACUCAUUUGGUCGUGUGUGCAUCACUGAGCUUUUGGCUGAAUGGGAAAAUAAGAUGCUAGAGCUGGCUCAAUUUGGAGCUGGUAGGGUCGUGCGCUGUGUUGUGUUAUCAACCACCAGUAGCCAUAUUGACUUGUCUCUACGUUCAGAUGCGCUGGAGAAUCCGUCAGAAUACGCUACGAAGACGUCCAAGCCAGUAGAACGCAACAUAGGUGACUUGGUGCCUGGGAUUGUAGCCACUACUACAACAAGCGGAUGUUUCGUGCGUCUAGACCGUCAUACGACAGCGCGUGUGAUGCUCCGUGACCUCAGUGACGACUUUGUGAAGGACCCACAGACUGGAUUUCCUGUUGGCAAGCUGGUGGCUGGGCGAGUUACGAAGAAGUCGGACCGUGGUCUAGAGCUCAGUUUGAAGACGUCGGUUGUCUCCGAGGAUGUGUCAAUGCUCAAGUGGAACGAUCUAAAGGAGGGUUUGACGAUCAAGGGCACGAUCACGAAGGUGCAAGCAUAUGGCGUUUUCGUUCGUAUUGAGAAGAGCACGAUUAGUGGUCUGUGCCACAUUUCGGAGAUUGCAGACGAGAAAGUGAUGCAGCCGCUGGAUCAGAUCUUCUCGCAGGGCGAUUAUGUCAAAGCGAAGGUGCUGAAGGUUGAAAAUCGUCGCGUUUCAUUUGGACUAAAGCCGUCAUAUUUUGCGGAUGAAGAGAGCAGCUCUGAUGACGAAUCUGACGAAGAAGAAGAGGAGGAUGAAGACCUUGAUGAGGAGGAGGCUGAGCGAAUGGAAUUCGACGAAAAGGAAGCGUUUUUCAAAAAGUCGAAGUCAGUGGCAAUGGAAUCUGGCCUGGGUGACGGCAAGCUCUUAAGUAAAGACGAGGAUGAGAGCCGUGUGGCUCCAGUUGAGUUUAGCUGGGACGGAUUUUCGAGCGCGCUAAGCAACAAAACAGAAUUGAAGGACGACGGCGCGUCGUCUUCUGAUGAGGAAGAUGAUGACGAGAAGGACAAUCUGAGCUUGUCCAAGGUUGGCAAACAGAAGCGUCUGCAGAGCGAUGAGUGGGUGGCACUGCGGGAGAAGGCUCUUGCGAGUAAUGAGGAGAUUCCUCAGAAUGCGAGUGACUACGAGCGUCUUUUAGCUGUAUCGCCACAGAGUUCCUACCUGUGGAUUCAGUAUAUGGCCUUCUACGUGUCUCUAACGGAAGUUGACUUAGCUCGCGAUGUUGCAAUUCGUGCGACGUCGGCUGUGUCAUUCCGUGACGAAAUGGAGAAACUGAAUGUGUGGGUAGCAUACUUGAACCUAGAGCAUGAUUUUGGGGAUGAUGCGAGCUUCUUGCGCGUAUUUAAAAGUGCUUUGCUUGUGAACCAUCCUAAGCGUGUGUAUCUUCAUUUGGUGGAUUUGUAUGCUCGUGCAGAGGAGCACGAGGACGUGAAACAGACGCUUACUACGAUGCAAAAGAAGUUUCGUACAAGUAAACAAGCUUGGAUUCGCUCGUUGCAGUAUCUGGUUGGUGAAAAGCAGUUCUCUGACGCUGCGGAGACCUUGCAGCGGAGUCUGAAAAGUCUGGCUGCUCACAAGCACUUGCCGGUGAUUCUUAAGUACGGGCAGCUUUUGUACGAACAGGCUGAACUGGACAAGGCUCGCACGAUCUUUGAGGGCAUCUUGGCCAACUACCCGAAGCGAAUCGAUCUGUGGAAUGUGUAUCUGGAUAAGGAAAUCAAGUUUGGAGACAUUGUUCUUGUGCGCGCGCUGUUUGAGCGGCUAUUGGCUAUGGAAUUUUCAGCUAAGAAGAUGAAGUUUUUGUUCAAGAAAUUCUUGCAAUUUGAGCAGGAGCAAGGUGAUGAAAAUCGUGUUGAGCACGUAAAGCACUUGGCAAAGGAAUUUGUUGCUAGUGCUGCUGCCAAGUAG